AUGGUCUUCCCCGGAACCCUCAGCCGGGGCUGCAGCCGCUGCAGGAAGCGAAAGAUCAAAUGCGAUGGCAGACGCCCAGGAUGUCGACGCUGCGAGCUCUACAAGGCUCCAUGCCCCGGCUAUGAUCGACCACUAGCGUUCCGCUUCCACGGAGAGCCUGGACAUAGCCUUGUUCGUGAUGAGCCCGGCAGCUCUUCCGCGCAGACCAUGGGGCUCGGCUACGAAAAAGCGAGGUCCAGAGGCUCAGGGGUUUGUCGACAACCCCAACCCUCGUUCGAGGAUGAGUCCAUCUCGUAUUUCCUGCACGAGUACUGCGUCUUGCCGGCGCCAGGCGUCAUCAAGGGGCACCUCGACUUUCUAGAGGACAUGUACAGGAGCUCUAGUCGGUCAUCGUGCAUACGCCCGGCCCUCCUUGCUGCAGCUCACAUGUCGCUUUCAAGACACUACAAGUCGUCGACGCUCUAUGUCACCGCACGAUACCACUACGGGGCUGCUUUGCGGACUGUCAACAGAGAUCUGUCUGCAUCUAAGCGACCCCUGAAAGAUGAAACAUUGGCAUCCCUGAUGCUGUUGGGCAUGAUCGAGGAUAUCGAAUGCCAAGGUCAAACGACCAAGGCCGUGCACAUGGCCGGCAUUUCCAAGUUAUUCGACGUAGUCGGGCACCGCGUGAUAACAAAUGUCGAAGAGUCGAACUUGCAUUCGUGGAUAUUCACUCAAAUGCAAAUCCCCUCACUCAUGGCCAAGGACGAUAUGGACUGCCUGGUCAUUCCCGACUCAGAGUUCGACACAUCAAACCCAGUGAUCCGCUUAGCCCUGGUCGUUACUCGCAUUGGACAGUUCUACAGGGCAGCUAGGCGAAUCACGGGUGCAGAUUCGACAUCGACACCGAAUAAGCAACGGGAAUUACUCUUUCCGGUUAUCCAAGAAGCCUUGGCAAUCGGCGCUGAGUUGGCCAUGAUCGAAAAGGCCAUGCCUACACGACUACAACCUCAGCAAACAGCGGACAAACGACCCGCCACUCCGAAUAAUAAGCCCUUGGUCAGCUUUCAAUCGCGAUGGACGGCGUGCACGUGGGUCUUCUUCAACAUGUACCUCAUAUUGUUCUUCGGGAGGCUGCAUGUAUGUGCUGCAACCCUCCUGCGGCUCGCGGACUCAAAGAGCAGUCCGCAGGUUCAGCUCGCUCAGACCACCGCCACCAUCGCCGAAAAGCAAGUUGUUUCAAUGACUCAGAGGCUCUGCAGUGUCUUGCCUUAUCUGAUGGGUGAAGUCAACGAGCAGGGUAUCCCGCUUCCCGUACCGCAACAUCAAGGCGUCAUCAUGUACCAUCUGGUCUGGCCACUUGCUAUCGCUAUCUCAAGCCCGCAUAGUAGCCCAGGGCAAGUUAAAGAGUGUCAGGCCAGGCUCGAUCUGAUCCGAGAUCUGUAUGGCAUCAGACUCGCUUCUUUUGCGCCAGGUUUGGCCAAGGACCUGAUGGCGUAA